CGGCCACCUGUUUGGUGAAAAGUGAACUUACAUAAAACAAAUGGUAGUAAAAAGAUAGGCUUGGAUUUUCCUUUCUUCGUUUUUAACAUACCAAUUAAUAUUUUAAAAAUGAGCACCCCAAGAGCUCCAACCAAGUGGUACCCAUCUGAAGACGCUCCAGUCGCUAAGCAAACCAGAAAGACUGCCCGUCCACAGAAGUUGCGCGCUUCUUUGGUUCCAGGUACCGUUUUGAUCUUGUUGGCUGGUCGUUUCAGAGGUAAGAGAGUUGUUUACUUGAAGUCUAUGGAAGACAACACCUUGUUGGUCUCCGGUCCAUUCAAGGUCAACGGUGUUCCAUUGAGAAGAGUCAACGCCAGAUACGUCAUUGCCACCUCCACCAAGGUCGAUGUCGCCUCUGUUGACGUUUCCAAGUUCAACGUUGAGUACUUUGCCAGAGAAAAGUCUUCCAAGUCCAAGAAGUCUGAAGCUGCUUUCUUCGGUGAAGAACUUCCAAAGAAGGAAGUCAAGGCUGAACGUGUUGCCGACCAAAAGACCGUCGACGCCGGCUUGUUGGCCUCUAUCAAGUCCACCCCAUUGUUGAAGCAGUACUUGGCCUCUUCUUUCUCCUUGAAGAAGGGCGACAAGCCACAUUUGUUGAACUUCUAAAUUUCUUAAUUUAGUGGGUUGAAUAAUUUAUUGAUGUAUACUUAUGUUUGAAUUAUUUUUUCUUCAGAUUCUGAUCUUUUAGUGCGUGGUUUAAUAAAACUUUAUAGGAAAACAA